AUACAUCUCUAUCGAAUACUCGGUAACGAUCUGCCACCGCGUCAUAAGCCUGGUCAGGUCUUGCAGAAUUUGAUGUUCAUUUUGGAAAACGAACCUCCAUUUCCCAACACCAAGAAGUGGUGGGUGUUGAAUCGAAUUGUGGAUGAGGAAUAUGAGGAUUCCAUAUUGGAAUUGCUGAAACGUUAUCGGCAGGAAUAUGUCAGGAUACCUUUUGAGGUCGAUGAGUACCUAAAAAAGGAUUUCCGUCUGGAGGAUUUCCCGGAGCCUGAUUUUUUUCAUAGUUAUGAAUAUAUGAACUUCUCGAAAGUGGCAAAGCUGAGAACCAUCGACUAUACAUAUCACGACAAGAAUCUCUAUGCCAUGAACAACAAUGGUGGUAGGAAUGCCGCACUGAUGCACGGAAAAUCUCAACCAAAUGCCCGAUGGAUAAUGCCAUUCGACGGAAAUUGUUUUUUGACUACCAACGGAUUCAACGACAUCAUUUCACAGAUUGAGAAAUGGGGGGAUGAAUAUAAAUAUUUUCUAGUGCCCAUGAAAAGGUUACUGAACAACACCGAGUUAUUGGUAGGUUCUGAUCAGCGGCCUUCCACUCCAGAAGAACCACAAAUCAUAUUUCGAUACGAUGCCCAGGAAAUGUAUAAUGAAAAUAUGCGAUAUGGUAGAAGAUCGAAGCUGGAAAUGUUGUGGCGGUUAGGUGUUCCCACACCAAGACGAAUGCUUAAUAAACCUUCGGUACCUUGGGAAAUUCAAGACGUCUCAUAUCUUACUCCACCUCAAAAAAAGUAUAAGACGGUAGGAUGGAUUUUUAGACUUUUCUCGGGACAAGCGUCACUUGAGGAAUCCGGAAUGCUGCGAGCAUUCAGUCGUUUGCUUGCAAUUCAAGAUUUUUUGGAUGGAAUUGAUGAACGGAUUGCGCGGGUGAAUCAAAAAUUCAAUCCCAAUCGUUUGUCGUUAUAUGACGAAAAGAAAUUAAGUCGUGCCAGAUUGGAUUACUGGACAGGCCGUCAGGAGGUCUCGAAAAUUGUGGAUGUGAUGAUUGAUCGGGCAAACGAGAUUGUUUCGUCCAUUGGCGACCGGUACAAGCUAAAUGACGCGUUACCCGUAGAUUCGAAUAACCUGAUCAAAUUCUUAGAAUUAAAGGAGGAUCGUGAUUUUGGAGAUGAUGUAUCGAAAUCAUCAGAAAAAGAUACAUCGUCGACUUCAAUUGACGGGCAUGAAACUGUGAAAUUGAGUCCCACUAAUAUAGAUCCUCAGCCCGAAGGGUUCCACAAAAAUGAAUUCGGGCAAUACAUUUCUACCACUCCUACAACGCCACCUAACUUCUCUACCGCAUCGUUGUUUGAAAAUGUUACCACAUUGACGCUUGCCCAUUAUUUCUCUGGAAAUGUUCGAUACUCUCGUUGGGCGGCAAAUUUAAUUCGAUCAUUCAUCCUCUCGUCAUAUGGAAUCUGUGAGCAAGAUGAGUUAACGAUCACCUCGUACAAAAAUAAUUCGGAUUCCACAAAUAACGAGGGUUACGGUUUUCCGCAUUUGAACAAGAUUCCAAGAAUUGUUCCAAAAUUCAAGAGAAAGCAUGAUAUCGAAUUAAAUGAUCACAGCAAUUCUUCAAUAUUUCCAUACGAUCUAAUUGAUACGGACCCUAGUCACUUUCUAGAUGCUUGUAGAUUACUUUAUCGAACAAAAUCGCUGACGCACAAUGAAUACAUUGACCUACAACAAUUCGCUUCGCUAUGGUUGGAAUACCUGAUAAAUUCGCAGGAGGGCGUAGAGAGAGCUCUCCAACCAGACCAUCGAGGUACCCUUUACGAUCUACAAGUGCUCUCAUUAUCUGGAUUCACUGACGACGUAAGACUUUACCUAAGAGUCACCAAUCGGAUUCGAAUGCGCAUCGGAAAACAAUUUUACGUGCCUGAUGAAGCCACACAGAUUUUAUCAAAGAUAUCUCAACC